CGACACUAAAGCUAAGAACAACAGUAAAUAAAAAUGAUGUUUCAUGGUCAACAGCGUAGUCGGAACAAAACAGAUCUACAGGUUCUCGAUGACUACGAUCCCAAAGACGUUCAGCUCCUAUUUAUACAAUAACGAGUUUGUCAAAUCAUCUCCGCGUACCAUCAAACACACUGAUGUGAUUACCUUUCAGGCGGUUUUUCUCCGUAUUGCAAAGUUCAAAUUAAUUGGAGAUUUCCAUCAGCGUCUUCACGCAAAAAAUACUGCAUUUAACAGUAAAAUAAGGUUUAAUAACCUUGGCGAUUGAAGCUGAAGCUUCUCCAAUAAAUGACUCCGUCAAAAUCUAGCAGGAUUUAUUUUGCUGCGACAAGGUGACAAUACCAAGAAGCCCACACCUUAACCUUCCUGUAAAUCCAAAUUGGUCAAUAACAUAAAUAUGACAUUUGGCUCCGAAAAUAGCUCGCGGUAGCAGCUAGUGGCAGAAUUAUAAUAAGAUGAUCUAAAGAUUUAUUAAGUGACGCGUGGAGGAGAUUUACAAUAGAGGAUGUGCCCUCACUUAUUAAUUACCAAUAUAUCAGUUAAUGUGUUUUAAACUCGUGUUAUUACCAUAUUAGGCAAGAGUCGGCACGAAAUCGUGAUAUUAUUUUAAUGAUCGCAGCGGUGGAAACUCCGACAUCCUUUUUUCUGUAGACGAGUCAACCGGUAUUACACCUCUUUGUCACGGCUGGAGGAACAUAAUGAGGUCUAUACUAUCAAAAUGAGCAUUAACUGCGUCCUUACACAUUUUAUUAGCAUCGGAGGAAGUAUUAUUUUACCAUCAAGGCACAAAAAUCUUCAAUUUGCAAAAUUUAUCAGUUCCUCCAAAACCACGCGUCUUUGAUUAAUUGGAUGGUUUUCCAGCAACUUGUUUACAAUAUUAUACCGUAUUAUGUAAUAGCUGAUGACAAAGUGCGGAAUUGUUCAUAAAAUAACAAUUGUGAAGAUUUGUGGGCAAAUAUUCGAUAAUGACUUAAAUUCCCCAAAAAUCCAUUUUCCAGAAAACCUAAACGAUUGAGGCGAAGGUUAACGAUGUGGUUGAUAGUAAAAUUUCAUGAAUAAUUAAAAUGUCUCAAAAUGUGGAUGGCUCAAACAAUAGGAGUCAAUCUGCAAAUUAAUUGCUCACGAAGUGAUGAACUGUUGGCAGGAAGUAGCAAAAAGUAGAAAAACAACUUUGUAACGUGUUGGUAAUUGCGCUAGUUGUUUUUAAAAAAUUUGAGGUAUUUUCUGCGACCUUUUGUCAUUUCGCUUUAUUUGGUAACGGGUGGUUCAAUCAGGCAUUCUUUGAUUUAAUUAUCACAUUAGUCAUCGGGAAAGUCCGUGUUAGGUCAACAAAUUAAUAAUUUACCAAACAAUGAGAAUAAAUUUCAUUUGAAGGAUAAUAAAUCCAAGUCUAAUCUGUAGCAUGUGAUGACUGGAACAGUUAUUUUUAUUUGGACGUUUGAGCAACAAGGCGAGCUGAAUAAAUUAUAAUCACGGAUCUUGGAUAUUUGCCUCAUUUGCAUUGCUACACUAAUUAGUGGAAAUGGUUGGCGUCAUUGAAGAAAUUGUGAGAAACGGAUUGUGUUUCCCGUAACGAAAGGGAACGUUUGAUCGAUUGACCAACAAUGCGUAUUCCGGUCACUGUUAAUCCAAACACUUUGAAAACCUACAAUUGUUACAAUGAACGCAGAAUUGAGAAAAAUACUCUACGGAGCGAUAAUCUGUCAAGCUGGGAUCAAGCCAUUCCCAAGACCUUGCAGGAACUUUGCUUGGAAUCCAUCGCAAAAAACUGGCAAGAAAAACCGAUUUUGGACGAGAUCAUUGUAACAAUCGAUCGCUGCUUUCUGUUAAACAUUUUACCGACCGAUCUCCCUUUGGCUCUAACAGUGCCAAAAAUCCAUGACGAUAUUUACUGGAAGCGAUGUUAUUUGCAGCGAUGGCCAAAAGUAAUUCCCGAAAACGUUUCACUAGACGUCCAGAUAAACGAAAUCGUGAAAGUGAGCAACAGCAGGAAAAGCAGUGAAGAGAGUGAAAGAUCGCGAAAAUCUAGCGCUGAAGCAGGUUUUAAGAGGACUUGGAAAGAGUGUUUCCUUGAAAUACAUAUUUGCGAAUAUUUGGAGAAACUGAAACCUGAAAAAUACGACGCUGAAAAAAUCAAAGAACUGGCCGACUUGUGCACUGACUAUGUUAAAAUUUUGGAUAUACGGGAAUUGCAGUGUUCGGAGAAUUCCCCAAAUCGAAUUCCUCUAAACGCGAUUACUUCGGGGUUGGGGAAUUUAACUGAACUCUCGAUUUGCUUCAAACAGACCUACGUUGGAGAAAAAUUCACUUGGGACACAGUCAGGACCUCGCUACAGGAUAUAAAAUUGUUGGCAAAAGGACUAGAAAAGUGUAAAUUAACAGUUUUCAGACUAAGAAAUUCUGAUAUUGAUGACGAAAAAGCCGUGGUCAUUUUAAAGUCUCUUCUGAAGCAUGAGUUGGAAACGCUGGAUUUUUCCCACUGUCGAAUCCGGGACUACGGUGCGGUGGCUAUCAGUAAAUUUUGCUUAGAGAAUUCCGUCACUAAUUUAAUUUUGACGAACAAUCGUAUCGGAGCCAAAGGAAUUGAGGCCAUUUCUUACGCAAUUUGUAGCCCCACUUGCAAUUUAAAAUCUCUCGAUUUAAAACUGAAUCCAAUUAGUCAAAGAGGCGUCGAAAUUUUAAUGAAACCUUUAACACUAAGUGCACGGAAGCUCAAAAUUUUGCAUUUGAACGCUUGCGGAGUGGGGCCUAUUUCUGCUUUGGGCGAGAUGAUUGAACACAAUUCGCAUUUGGAGCACUUGGAUUUGAGUAAUAAUCCUUUCGGAGAGGAAAUGGGUAAGAUAAUUAUGAGGGGUUUGAGAUACAAUACGACUUUAAAAAAAUUAGAUGUGAGAAUGUGCAAGUUGAAUUCAGCGGACGAAUUCGAGAUUCUUCAAAGAAUUAAUAAAAACAGGAUUGCGAUGAAACGACCGAGAACCGCCAGAAAACCUAUUAUUAUCGAACCGCAAUAUAAAUUUGAAAUAUCGGAUGAAUUGUUAUCGGAGAUGGAAAAUGUAUUUCAGAGUAAUAAAAGUGACGAGACAACAAAUGAGCUUAUUGAAUAAUAAAUUGAAGUCGCUUUUUGUCAAUUUUAUAAAUAAAGUAUUUCACGUC